AUGUAAUAAUAAACAAUCUAAGAUAUCGAAACAUAAGCCAAUUAGUUAUUGGAGAGCGUUUAUUAGAGAAAAUCCGAAUCGAUUACCUCUUACAGUAAACUCAAAAGACAAGAAGAAGUAAUAAUAAAUAAUCCCUUAUUUAAAUAAGGCAUUAGAUUUAGGAUUUGCAUCUGUAGGGUUUCCAGAUGAA